AUGUCAACUGUUAGUAAUAGAAUAGUUCUCAAAGCGUCUUUGCAAACGGGAAACGGAACUGUCUCCCGACGUAUACCAGUCAGAUAUACGCCAGACCUUACUUUCGACGAGGUCUACUCGUUGUUGUCACAAGUGUAUGAAAUCGAACACUUUGCCAUAUAUCAUACUGAUGAGAACGACCACAGGAUACAUAUUAAGAGCGACGGAGAAUUACGAGACGUUAUCGCCCGUUUGAAGGAAACAAAUGGCGCAGAAAAUAAAUUAGUCAUAAAACUUCAGUUGGAAAAAAUAUUGAAAACGGAACCAGUUAGCUCAGUUGCUAAUAAUACGCCCGACCCGGUACUUACGCCUGACUCGUAUUCCAACCCGUUUGACGAUACAGCCUCAAAUUUUGAUUGUGAUGUAGACGGUGAUAAUCCGAUUGAACGUGCAAUAAAUAAUGUCAUGAAGAACGUUCAAGACAUCUUUCAGAAUAUCGUUCAGCCGGCUCGUGAGUUUUCUGACAACUCAACGUCAGAACAUCAACAAGCAGAUGACGCCACUGCCUCUUCAGAAUCUGAAUUCCCACAGAAUUCGUCUACAUCCUCAAUACCAUCUUCUUCAUCGAAAACAGAGACGCAGGAAGUCGCUCAACCCCCUCCAUAUUUCUCGGUACCUUUUCGAAUGUCACGACCUCCUCGGUAUUCUGUGACAGUAGCCGUUCAUCAUGGUGUUAAAUGUGAUGUGUGCAACGAGACGAUUCGCGGUAUGCGUUGGAAGUGUAAAAAUUGCCGAGACUAUGACUUGUGUCAACAAUGUAAAUCAAACCCACCAAGCGUGGGUUUUCAUCCGGCUACCCACGAGUUCCAAUCUAUCCCAUAUCCUCUCCAUAAUAAGAAGCGAACAACAAAAAAUGUCAAUAUGCACUCGGCUAUUUGUGAUUUCUGUGAAUCGGUUAUCCUCGGAACAAGGCACAAAUGUAUAAAUUGUCCUGAUUUUGACUUGUGCAGUAAUUGUAUUGCACUUGCUUCAACACAGCACCCGAACCACACCUUUAUGCAAAUUCAACGGCCUGGUGAGCCAGAAAUAAAAAUCUUAGAUUCUGCACAUCACCCGGGAAUCAAGUGCGAUCACUGCAAUAAACAGAUCACAGGAUUGAGAUACAAGUGCGGUAAUUGCUCCGAUUUUGACCUCUGCGGAAACUGUGAAGCCUCUCCUUUAAAUAAGCAUGAUGAAACUCAUGUAUUCCUUAAAAUACGACGACCUACACCAAACCCCAUCAUAUCGCAUGAGCCCUUGUUACCAAACCUCUACGCAGUUCAAGAACCAAUAUCUCACAAAGGACGUUACCCCCGCUGUUAUUACCAAAAAUCUUCGUUCUCUUGUAACGUCUCUCUAGCGUCUUCUCAGAUAAAUCAACCAGCAGCGAAUCUGACAAACAAGAAUGAGCCAGUUCUACCUAAUUCGACAGCAUCAUCUGUCAAAAGCGGAUCCAGCACGAGUAAAGCACCGAUAGCCUUGUAUAACACUAAGGAAACGCAUUACAAUCCAAUCGAACCAUUAUGGAAAGCAAGUGUCCCAGGGUCGUCGGGCUCGGAUAACCAAUCCAGUGAGCAAGAAGUACGAGAACCAUCAUCAGUAUCUUACGAUGCUGUUUUCUUGGGAGACGUAAACGUGCCUGACCAAACAGUCAUGGUGCCUCAAGCCCAAUUCGUGAAAAUUUGGCGCGUGCAAAAUAAUGGUACGCUUGCAUGGCCGGAAUCGACGGUAUUGCAAUACGCUGACGGAAGUAGAAUGUUCAAUGAAUCGCUCAAAGCUGGUGACGACAAAUUCAGACCAAAGUUCCACGUGGGUUCUGUUGAGCCUGGUCAGACUUGUGAAGUUUCUGCUGACUUGCAAGCGCCUGCAGAGAUAGGAAAACAUGUCUCUUAUUGGCGCCUAGUGGAUGGUGAGGGUAAUCGUUUUGGCUAUCGUCUUUGGUGUGAAAUCUUUGUCGAAGCGAUCGAUCAAUAUUCUAGUCUCUCCAGCUCUUCAAUGAUAUUCCCAGUCCUCGGCAACCCAGUUCUCGGCAACCCAGUCUCCGAGACAUCUAGUCUACAGUCUUCCAUGACAUCGAUUGAUUCUGGACUUCGUACGUCUGAUGUUGAGCACACGGAGGUCGAACAUUUUGAUGACGACGAAGAAGAUGUAGAGGAUGACGAUCUAUUCCAUGGUCCUGAAAUUGAUAUAUCACCCGCAGCUGGUCAGGACUCCGACGCCGAUUCAACAGAGAUAGAAUCGCAAGGUGACUUUGAUAGCGAGAGUGUCAAGUAUUCACGCUCAUUUUUAAUUUCAAAGACGAUGGAGGGGAGUUCCCGGGCGUUGAGGCAAGUUGCUAACAGAGAUCAGGACAAUGCAACACAUGAUGAGAACGCGGAGUAUGCCAACGAAUUGAGAAAGCUUAAAGAGCUGGGUUUCACGGACCGAGAAAAAAAUAUCAGAUUACUGAAGGUUCAUAACGGGGAUCUAAAGCAAGUGAAAGAAUUACUGUUUCUUCAAUGA